ACCGAAAAAUCGGACGUUUUUUUGAGAGGUGGAGGAAAUUAAGAAGAACAUGAAGUGAAUGAGAACUCGUGCCGGCGGAGGGCUCGACAACCGGGUCCAUUCGUCGGUAGAAUGGCCCAAUUGCUCGCGCCGGUGCGCGCCGGCUUGCUCCUCGACUUCCCCAAUAUGCCGUCCCCGACGCGGAGCCUAGCGGCCGCCGACCGUUCGAGAACCCACCGCCACCACCGUCGGUGCAGCCGGCGGUGGCAGAACAGGGACUUCAGGAUCGCCGCCGCAGCGACGGCGGCUGCCGAAGGUUUCUCCUCGCGGGAUGAUGUCGCCGAUGAUUACUACGCGGUUCUUGGGCUGUUGCCAGAUGCCACUCCUCGGCAGAUAAAGAAAGCUUAUUACAAUUGCAUGAAAUCAUGCCAUCCAGACUUGAGGGGGAAUGCUCCGGAUGUUAAUAACUUCUGCAUGUUCGUCAAUGAGGUCUAUGCGGUGCUCGGUGAUCCUGUGCAGCGAAUGGUGUAUGAUGAAAUUCAUGGAUACGCGGCAACUGCUGUCAAUCCUUUCUUGGAUGAUAGUGCUCCAAAGGAUCAUGCAUUUGUUGAUGAGUUUAGUUGCAUAGGGUGCAAAAACUGUGCUAAUGUGGCCCCAGAUGUGUUUCAGAUUGAGGAAGAGUAUGGGCGAGCAAGAGUUUGCUGCCAAUCAGGGAAUCCUGACUUAGUUCAGGAAGCAAUUGAUACUUGUCCAGUUGAUUGCAUUCACUGGACUUCUGCUGCACAGCUUUCCCUCCUUGAAGAUGAAAUGCGCAGAGUGGAGAGAGUGAAUGUGGGGCUUAUGCUUGCUGGAAUGGGGAGCUCAUCCACUGAUGUGUUCAGAAUGGCAAGUACACGAUGGGAUAAGCGCCAAGCAAAAGUGUUGGAAAAGGCUAAGAUACGGGUAACGAAACAGAGAGAGAACGAUAAGAGUGGGUCUUGGAGUAAUAUUUGGGGGGUGCCAAAGAAUUACGCAAGUACAGAGGAAGCAGCAGUGAAGGAGAGAGCCAAGAGAGCUGCAGCGGCAGCCAGAAGGUGGAGAGAAUAUUCGAGAAGGGGAGCCGAUCGACCUCCGACGUACAAACUUCCAGAGACAAUUUCUAGCAAGGAAUCCUGAAGAGAGAACAUGUAGUUCCUUCUGCAAUGUACAAUCAUGUAUGUGUUAAGAGCCCUUCAAAUCGAUCAUUUCUCUCACUUGUCCUUCAAAUAUAUAAAUCCUUCACCUGGUGGACAACAUAUCUUUCAAGACCACAAGCAGAUGAGUGCCAUCACAUUCUCCAACAUGUAUCAUAUUUACCAUACUGAUUCUAUACAAAGAAAUAAUACAGAAUGCAUCUUCUUUUCA